GGUAUAAGACGGGAAGCCAUCUCUUUUCUGUUCAUUUGAAGGGUCUCACUGAACCUCACACACGCUGUCUUUGAAGCAAUGGCAGAAGAUAACACCUUCCUGAAACGACUAUGCAUUGCUUUCAGUGUCAUAUAUGGGAUUUUAGGAGGCGUCACCCUGGGUAUUGGAAUCGUGGCAUCAAGCAGCGAUGAAGCUAAAGACUUUGACACCACUAACGGCAUCGUCAUUUGCUGUGUGAACGGAUCACUCGUCCUCCUGCUAGCACUUCUGGGCGUCUUCGGCGUUUAUAAAAAGAAGAAGUGGGCACUGAGGGUGUAUACUGUCUUUCUGAUCCUUCACGCUAUUGGCUGCUUCAGAGUUCUACCCGCAAUGUCUGCUGUCCAAUCUGAGAUAAACGGUGCGGAGGCUCAAUUCAGAGAACUGACGCCACUGAAUCGGGCAGAUCAAAAGACCCAAAAAGCGAUCAACAAGCUGCAGACUGUGGCUGAAUGCUGCGGACUCUUGAGCUACGAAGACUGGAGGGAUUCAAUCCCUCAAUCGUGCCACUGUCCGCCAGACUAUGAAGACAGGGCGUCAAAAUGCCAUAGAGUACAACAAUCGAGGGACAACUGGGCAGACUUGAAACAAUCAUAUGAUAGAGAUUCUGCAAUGUCGGAGGUGGAGGUGUACAAGGAACCUUGUGGUCCCAUCAUUUUGAAAUACCUGGAGAUGGGGAUUAUGUUUGUGACUAGACUCAUAGUCACAUUCGUGGUUGUUCUGGUCCUUUCAACAAUUCUACACCUGAUGUUCAACUGCCAGAUCAACAAUCCAGCUGCAGUCAAACCCAUGACUGUCACCCAAGAUCCUAAACCACCCCCAUAUAAUCCCGUUGACAAUCAAUUUGUGCAAUUAUGCCCCCAGUAAAAUGCAUAAGAUGGCAAUGAUAUAUGGCAUAUCUGUUUUGUGCAUAAUCAGCUUCUUUACAAGUUUUUAUGAUAAAAUAUUUCCAUAAUAAAGUCAUAAAAUACAGGAUAAAA